CUAGAACUCUAGAAGUAUAGAACGAGACUCUUAAACAACAGCCAAGUAGAGACAUACGAAGUGGGUCCCAUCUAUCACAUCAAUAAUCGGUGUUCCCAAUGGCUUUCUCUGGAGGAGUUGUAUUGCGAGCUAUAAAUUCACGAGAAAACAAACAAGCAAUUGAUCAACAACAAUGGAGAAAUCCAAGAUCGGAAGAAGAUUUGAAGGGAAAGUUGCGAUUGUUACAGCUUCAACUCAAGGCAUAGGUUUCGCUAUUGCUCAACGGAUCGGCUUAGAAGGCGGAUCUGUCGUCAUCUCCUCUCGCAGACAGAGAAACGUUGAUGAGGCAGUGAAAAAGCUCAAGGCACAAGGAAUUGAAGUGCUUGGAUUGGUUUGCCAUGUUUCUAAUGCACAGCAGAGAAAGAAUCUCAUUGACCAGACUGUUCAGAAAUAUGGUAAGAUAGAUGUGGUAGUGUCGAAUGCAGCAGCUAAUCCCUCAAUUGAUACCAUUCUCAAAACUCAAGAAGCAGCCCUUGACAAACUUUGGGAAAUCAAUGUUAAAACAUCUAUAUUACUUCUUAAGGAUGCAUCCCCUCACUUGAGAGAAGGUUCUUCGAUUGUUUUCAUUUCCUCAAUCAGUGCUUUCCAACCUCCAGCUGGCUUGGCUAUGUAUGGUGUCACCAAGACAGCUCUUCUUGGCCUUACCAAGGCUCUUGCAAAUGAGAUGGCCCCACAUACUCGUGUGAACUGUGUAGCUCCGGGAUUUGUUCCCACACACUUUGCUGAAUAUAUUACCAGCAAUGAAGCCAUGAGAAAGAGCUUGGAAGAACAGACAUUGCUGAAGAGGCUGGGGACGACGGAAGACAUGGCGGCAGCCACCGCUUUCUUGGCGUCAGAUGAUGCUUCGUAUAUUACCGAGAAAGAGCUUAGAAGAAUAGACAUUGCUGAAGAGGUUGGGGACGACGGAAGACAUGGUGGCAGCCACCGCUUUCUUGGCGUCUGA